UCAUCUCUAGCUCUUUUAAGUUUUGGUUGCUAUUUAUGUAAAUGUUUAGCGAAAUUGCGGAAAAAGUGCAUAUCAGUGCGCUCGAUUGCUGAAAAAGUAGUUGCGUUGCAAACGGCGAAGAGCCCAUCAAAGGCGGCCCAGUAACCAGGCGAUCGGAGGGCCAAAGGAGCAUCAAGUCGACGUGUUGUAUUCGGGGCGCGGCGCCUGCAGAAAACGGACAAAACAUCCUUAGGACAACCACACAAAGGCACAUCGAUACUUUCAGCCACCGCACACAAUGGCCGAGCGACCGAAAAAUUUGUUUGCAACCGGAUCCAGUCGCUCCCGCAAUCCCCCGGAUCAGCUAAGCCUGAAUAAUCUUAGCAUACGCCAUCCGCCCUCGUCCACGUCGUCCACUUCUUCGGGAUCCACAUCCUCGGGCUCAAGUUCCUCUUCACAGCAUAACCAUGUUACCCGCUGUUUUGGCGCCCAGCAGCCACAGCAAACCCCGCCGGUGGCCAGCAGUCAAGUGCCACCGGUACCGGCAGCAUCGAGCAGCAGCGCUGCCGAUCGUCACCGGGAGCGAAUUCGCCAGCAGGCCUGUGGCAAGCUACAGUUUGGUGAGGGCGCUGCCAAUACACACACAUUUACUUCAGACGAUCUCGAGGAUGAGGGCGAAAUUGGACGCGGUGCAUUUGGGGCAGUCAACAAGAUGAUUUUUAAGAAACUAGACAAGGUGAUGGCCGUUAAGCGCAUUCGAUCCACCGUAGACGAGAAGGAACAGAAGCAGCUGCUCAUGGAUCUCGAGGUGGUCAUGAAGUCCAACGAGUGCAUCUACAUUGUUCAGUUCUAUGGGGCGCUGUUUAAGGAGGGAGACUGCUGGAUUUGUAUGGAGCUGAUGGACACCUCGUUGGACAAGUUUUACAAGUACAUCUAUGAAAAGCAGCAGCGCCACAUUCCAGAGUCCAUACUGGCUAAGAUAACAGUGGCCACGGUCAAUGCGCUGAACUAUUUAAAGGAGGAGCUAAAGAUUAUUCAUCGGGAUGUGAAACCGAGCAAUAUUCUGUUGCACCGUCGCGGAGACAUAAAGCUGUGUGAUUUUGGUAUAUCGGGUCAGCUGGUCGACUCUAUUGCCAAGACCAAGGAUGCGGGCUGCAGGCCCUACAUGGCGCCGGAGCGCAUUGAUCCAGAGCGUGCCAAGGGCUACGAUGUACGAAGCGAUGUUUGGUCAUUGGGCAUCACUUUGAUGGAGGUGGCGACUGGUAAUUUCCCCUAUCGUAAAUGGGACUCUGUUUUCGAGCAGUUGUGUCAGGUUGUGCAAGGCGAACCGCCCCGACUUUUGACAUCCUAUAACGGCAUGGAGUUCUCCAAAGAGUUUGUGGACUUUGUCAAUACUUGUCUCAUUAAAAAGGAGAGCGAUCGGCCCAAGUAUAGUCGUCUGCUGGAGAUGCCCUUCAUCCGUCGUGGUGAGACGAGCCACACUGAUGUUGCCGUGUAUGUGGCCGAUAUACUGGAGUCGAUGGAGAAAGACGGCAUUACGCAGUUUACGGCCAACCAGCAGGCGGAGAGUUAAUCACCCUAAGCGAAGAUGCAAGUCAUAAAUUAACUAAGAUUCAAGAGGAACAUAACAACAUGCAUAACUAAACAGAAGGAAAGCAGAUAAAAAGUUUUAAUUGUUGUCUACUUUGUAGCAUUCGUAGAAAACCUAGCGCAUAUUUUGUUAAACAGAAAAACAAAAUUAAGCGAAAAGUGUGUAAGCUGAUAGUAAGCAAAAUGUGUGUAUAGUUUAAAGUCCCUAAAGCCUAUUGUAAUUCAAUAACUUUUGUAUUCGCAGUUUUGUGCGUUAAGUUUUGUGUUGAAAAUAAAUUUGUGUUUACAAAAGGCGAGCGGCGGGUUACAGGCGAUUAUAUUGGCCAAUGACUUGACCAGCUUCGGACUCCCAGCCAAAAGCCUAUUUAGCCUCAAUCAAGCGAGCAUUUUAUAAUCCGGUUGAUUUAUCUAUCACAAAUAAUGAUACCAGACCAAUUGGAAAUGCAUUUUGCGUUAAUAAGCAACCACAUGCGAAACUUAAGCAAUAUUUGUAAAAAAAAAACAGCUUCGUGGAAACGAGAGUUAACUACCCAUGCAAACAACUAACAGAAACACCAAUACGCGUUAAUAUGCGUGAAUAAAUAGUUCAACAAAAACAAUUAUACAUUAUUUAUUGAACAGAAUUUGUAAUCCUAUUAUAUUUUUUUAAUUUGCAUAUAUGAAAAUGAUUGUGAAAAGCUUUAAAUAAUUGCCAAGCGGCUGAGAUGUUUAAAUUGUAGUAGAAAUUAUUGCAGAUAAAUGCAAAGCUAAUCCCAUAAUAUAUGAAAUAAUUAGCCAUAACACCGACACAUCCAUACCACACACACACACACACACACGUUUUUAUGCGUAGAAAUUAGUUGUAAGUGAAGCAAAAAUAUUUAGCAAAAAGUUACAGCUAAAAAAACACAAGUCAUGUGAAAACUACAAAUAAAACAAAAUAAAUGUAUUGUGCCUAAGUAUAAACCGAAAUGAUAAACACUCACCAAGAGAACUACAAUUUAAAUUUAAUCAAAACUCAUAAGCCAUUUAUAAUCCUUAGCCUAGCUUUUAAACCCAGCUUAUAUAGACGUACCGCAUAUUUAUACCAUGCCAUUCCCGCCCAAAAAUAUUCACAGCCAAACAAUUGCACCGUCUAAGUCCCCGUCUCAAAAAUAACAAAAAAAGGAAAAACACGAAGUAAAACCAAUGUUUUUUGAUUAACAUUUUUAUGCAAGCGUCAAUGUGAAAGCAAAGUUUAUUUUGUAUACAUAUAUAUAAAUGCAUAAUAUAUAUUUGCACGGGUUGCAUAUUAUAGCGUAAGAAAAGCAACAAGAGCCUGCAGCAUUUCUCUUUUAUUUUAUUUUUUUUAAUUUGUUUGCGAAAUAAAAUCCUAAAGCAUGCAGCAUUUAGAGCGGAUAUACAUAUAUACACAUGAAAAUAUGAAAUUGUAUAUUUUUAUUAAGCCCACAAACAUCCCAGAAAUUGCAGCUAGACUUGUCAAGUAAUAAUAUUAAAUAAAUAUUAAAUUAUUAAAGCAUG